UGCACUUAAAGUGCGUCACAAAGCCCACAGGUGGCGUCAGGUAUGACAAAAGGGUUGAUAGUUUUCUAUGUUCACAUCCAAAUUUACUUCAACUUCAAAUAUUAAAUUGCCAAAUAAAUCUCGAUUUUCGUAUUCAGUAUGGACAAGCCACAGUAUGCUCGCAUGGUGAAGGUCCUUGGCCACACAGGAUCCCGGGGACAGUGCACUCAGGUGCGGGUUGAGUUCCUCGGCGACCAGAACCGCCAGAUUAUUCGCAAUGUCAAAGGACCUGUGCGCGAGGGCGACAUCCUGUCGCUUCUGGAAUCCGAACGCGAGGCCAGGAAACUGCGCUAGGAAGACAUUACCUUCAAUCGACUGCCAUCGCUAAGCUAUCGAUUGUUGGCCAUCGCAGCCCGAACAGCUGUUUGUGUUGAUUCCGAUUCCGCGAGAUACAGAUUCUCAGUUACUCAGUUACGCAGAUACUCGUUCGCAGCGGACUUGAUCGCGACU